CACAGCCGCGCGUUCUUCCCUCUCCGGGAAACACCUUCGGCUUCUGUAAUCCGUCCCCACCGCCAGCCGGAGACGAGCCGGGACGACCCUGGCCCCGACAGGCCCCCAGCAUCCCGGGGCUUCUCCGAGCCCCCUGGGUUUUUCCUGCUGCGCGCUUCACCUGGGGAAGCUUAGGUUUGGGGUGAGGAUUUCUGAUCAUUUUCCUCUUUGAGGGGUGAACGGGAGGGUUCGGCGACUUAGAUGUCUAGGAACAAGGGUGGGUGCGGGGGUCCCAGGCAGGGCUGAUCUCAGGUGGAGGAGGGCGGGGGAGGGGGUUCUGCAUGAGCUCCUUAAAGGACGAAGGUAGCAGAGCCAGCGAGACAGCGCGAGGGGGAACUCUGACUUCAAACCACGGAGCUGCCGGAGGUGCGCGCGCCGCCGCCGGCCCCGCCGCGUGGUGCAUCUAGCCACCCGCACCGUCCCCAGCGCCGGGGUCCCGGGGAGGAGGCCACGCGGGCACGCGGGAGCGCCGGCCAGCUGCGGCGGCCCCCAGCCUCGCUCGCCAUGGGCCCCGGGCGCCGGGCGCCGGGCGCGCUGCCGGCCCUGCUGCUAGCCCUCGCCCUGCCGGGGCUGCGCGUCUGGGCGCAGAAUGACACGGAGCCCAUCGUGCUGGAGGGCAAGUGCCUCGUGGUGUGCGACUCGAACCCGGCCACGGACUCCAAGGGCUCCUCCUCCUCGCCCCUGGGGAUCUCGGUCCGGGCAGCCAACUCCAAGGUCGCCUUCUCGGCUGUGCGCAGCACCAACCACGAGCCGUCCGAGAUGAGCAACAAGACGCGCAUCAUUUACUUCGACCAGAUUCUAGUAAACGUGGGUAAUUUUUUCACCCUGGAGUCUGUCUUUGUAGCACCCAGAAAAGGAAUUUACAGUUUCAGUUUUCACGUAAUUAAAGUAUACCAGAGCCAAACAAUACAGGUUAACCUGAUGUUAAACGGAAAACCAGUCAUAUCUGCCUUCGCUGGGGAUAAAGACGUGACACGCGAGGCCGCCACGAAUGGGGUCCUGCUCUACCUGGAUAAGGAGGAUAAGGUUUACCUAAAACUGGAGAAAGGUAACUUGGUCGGAGGCUGGCAGUACUCCACGUUCUCUGGCUUCCUGGUGUUCCCCCUAUAGGAUCUGAGGUCUCCGUGAUGCUCGUCCGGGGAGGGGCGGCCCGCCCCUGACUUCCUGAGGAUCACUUCCGCUUCACCGGAUUGAUGUCUUCACUGGUUUCUUGUGGGCGAAUAUGUAUGUAUUCUCUGUAAGGAUGCUAGGCCUGUCUGAACCAGUACCAAACUCCACAGAUUAUUUUUGUGUGCGUUUCAGUGUACUCGGAUUGGGACUCAAAACAGUUGAUACCCAUCUAUGCUUAAGUGUAACAAUUCAAAGCUGUCUGCAAGGUUUAUUCUGAAUUUAAUUUCCUGGAAUCACUGAAUUUGUUGCAGAUGUGGCAUUUUAUUUAUUUAGUUUUCAAAGACCGACAACCGGGUCUGAGAAUUAGAGAACUCUAUAUGUAAAGUUCUGACUUCAAUCAACGAUUCGUGUGAUCCUGCCAAAGAAUUGUGUGCUGUGUCCAUAUACCGGUUACACUUGUUUUUAUUCCUUUGGGAUUAGUUUGUUCAGUUCUCUUAAGGUAAUUUCUGACUUUGUGUCUUCUCAACAAAUAGGGUAAUGGCUUGCCCGCAAAUUUACUCUAUGAGAUCACCCACACGACUUCCCUUAAAAAAAGAAUGCUUCAUAGUUGUAUUUUAAUUAUAUAUGUGAAAGAGUCAUAUUUUCCAAAUUAUAUUUUCUAAUAGGAAGAAUAGAUCAUAAAUCUAACACAGAAAAAGUUGCAUAUCUGAAUUCUUCAGUGCUCAAUCCUCAAACCUGCGCAAAACAGCUCUCCUCCACGGAAAUCUUAUACUUUAUUGCUCAUUUUAAUUAACAUGAUUGAUAAUAGCCACUUUAUUAAAAACCUAAGGGAUUUUUUUUUCCUUAGACAUGACUACUUUAUUAACUGGAGAUGGGAUGCCCUCGUUUUUAAUUAUACCUAUUUUUCAAACCUUCUGUUGUGUUUGAAGUAGCAUCUGGUUUUGCCUUAACUCCUAAAAUUGUUUAGAUUUAUCUGUUCAGCUAAUAGUAAAUCCAAAUAUUCCAUAUCUGAACUUAGUACAAUAUCUUAUUUUGUCUUUUGUACAGGUCAUAUGAAUUCAUAAAAUUAUUUAUGUCUCUGUUAUAGAAUAAAGAUUAAUAUACAUUAGCUGAAUUGUUUGGUCCCUUCAGUUUUGGAAAUAUGGAUCUUACAUGAUUUAUUCCCUCUCUCUUACCAACCCUCUCUCCCUCCCUCCCUCACCCCUGUCCUUUCUUCCUUUCUCUCAUUUCUUGGUCUUGGAGCUGAAGAAAAGCUUUCUGGAUUUCUAGAGAAUGUCCCUCAACUGGCAUAGGAAAUCUUUACCAUGUUUAAUUUGUCCAGAUUCAGGAGUUGUGAGCUUGGCAAAAGGAUCAAUGAACUUAGUAAAGUCUCCUUUCAGAAUAACUUACUGUUAGGAAGUUAAGUUUUAAAAGAUCCACUGAAGCAUUGUGAAGGGCUCGGUGAAUGAAUGAGUGGUGAUGCAAAUAAAGAUCAAUAUUUUCAAACAAAA